GGAAUGGGGACACUGGCAGCAACUUGAGACAUAUUUUCUUGCUGGCAACGUCAUUAGCUGUCUGCUUUGCAGAGCCGCUUUCAUCAAUACAAACGAGCAAGUGGUUUUUUUUCAGGUUGCAGCUUGGGGAUCUUUAAAUUAGCGGGCUUUUUCCAAUCGGUUACUCUUGUUACACUUUUUCACACUAUAUUCAUCAUGGUUCUUUUCCAAGCGACUAAGCCUUACAAACCUGCUCCUCCUAUUAGUUAUCAUGAAAUGCUAUUCAGCAACAAGCACAGAACCCCGGCAGAGCAGCCGAUCUACAUUGAUGCGGCUACCAAGCGAACCGUUACCUAUGGAGAACUUCAAACUUUGAUCAGACAAUACGGAGCCGGUCUCUACAAACAAGACAUGCAAGUUGGUGAUGUGAUUGCAGUCUGCGCUCCCAACUCGGUGGAUUAUGCAGUUUUGUUCCAUAGUAUUCUUGCUUCCGGCGGUAUCAUGGCAGCCCUUGACCGUGCCUCGGAUGAAAAAGCCAUUUAUGAUGACCUUGAGACGGUGGACGCACGAUUCGUUGUCGCCCACCCUUCGACCCUUGACAAAGUUCUCCGCGCAGCAACCCGAUUUGGUAUUCCAAAAGAGCGUAUUUGGCUGCUCGGCGAGCCAUCUUUGGACAGCGAUUUCCAGUCGGUCAAUCAAGCGUUGCUGGAUCAUGAUGACAUUUUGAAAGAAUUCCCGACAUUUACCCCCGAUGAACUCGAUGUUACACCAGCUAUGCUCUAUUUUACAUCCGGCUCAACCGGAAGAAAAAAGGCCGUGAACUUAUCACACCGUGUUGUAUGCACCAGUAUCACCCAGCGUGAUUGGUGGAUGCCUGGUACUCGCAAUAUUUCCUUUACCGAAUUCCAUCACGGAUCGGCUUUGAUGAUCACCUUUUCGUUGGCUGUUUACAGCGGAAUCCCUACUUAUAUCAUGACCGAGUUUGAUUUCAAAACCUUUUGUCGGUUGGUGGAAGAACAUGCCAUCACCUUUGUGGCUCUGCAACCAUGGAUCGCGGCUAAAUUGGCCAAGGAUCCCAUUGUGGACCAACAUGACUUGUCUUCGCUUAAUUUUGUACUUUCGGCUGGUGCGGCAUUGGAUCCCGCUAUUAUGAAAGCGGUUUACCAACGCCUCGGUAUCAAGAUUUUGAAUAUGUGGGGUAUGACCGAAGCCCUGGGUGUCAUGUUAUGUAGCCCGGAUGAAUCGGCGCAAGGCUAUGCGGGAAAAUUAGCUCCAGGAUUUGAAGCUAAAUUGGUAUCCCAAGAAGGACAAGAACUUGAUGUUGGUGACACUGGUGAAUUAUGGGUCAGAGGCCCUACAGUUACACCUGGAUACUACCGAAACCCAGAGGCUACUGCCAAGGCAAUUGAUUCCGACGGGUUCCUGCAUACAGGCGAUAUUUUCAAGGUGACCAAUGAUGGUUACUUUGUCUUUAUGGAUCGCGAAAAAGAUUUAAUCAAAUAUCAUUUAUACCAUAUCAAACCAUCUGAAAUUGAAACUGUCCUGAUCAAGUUACCUGAAGUGGCCGAUUGUGCUGUGAUCGGCGUCUACAACUCGGAUCAAGCGACGGAACUUCCCCGUGCUUAUGUUAUGUUGGCGAAUGGUUGCGAGUAUAAAGAGGGCAUGGAAAAAGAGAUUCAGGACCAUGUCGACAGCCAGCUCGCGGACAAAUACCAUCUUCGCGGCGGUGUUGUUAUCAUGAAAGACUUACCACGCACCACCACCGGCAAAACCAAUCGACCAGCCUUGCGUGAGAUAGCUCGCAACGAGGCAGUAGUGGCUGUAUAACUGACGCUACCUAAUUGGCCUCCAUUCUUACGUUUUUCUCUUACAACAUUAUGCAUAUAUUAUGAUGUUACCAUAAUAAGAUGUAUCAAAAGAUUUCACAGUG